AUCUCUCAGCUGAUGACAGAGACUGGCCGAGAGGGCCUGACUGAAGCGAACCGCUACAAUGCAGAUAAGCCCUCUCUGUACAGCUUCCCUGCUUCCCAGAGCACCUAUGUUGCCAGUGAAACAUCAACAGGCACCUCAGUGGCAGCAUCUUUUUUUGCCAGAGCUGCUCAGAAGUUGAACCUUUCUUCUAAAAAGAAGAAACAUCGGCCAUCUACAUCAUCUGUCCCUGACUCUCCUCUCUUCUCCACCAGCUUCAGCACUAUCCUGCAGACUUCCCCACCCCCAGCACCACCAUGUUUGCUGAGGGCAGUCAGCAAAGUAAAAGACACUCCAGGGUUGGGCAAGGUGAAAGUCAUGGUACGUAUUUGUUCCACACUCACCAGGGACACCUCUGAGUCCAGCUCCUUCCUAAAGGUUGAUCCCCGUAAGAAGCAAAUCACUCUGUAUGACCCGUUGUCCUGUGGAGGUCAGAAUGCCUUUCAGAAAAGGGGCAACCAGGUUCCCCCAAAGAUGUUUGCUUUUGAUGCUGUUUUCCCCCAAGAUGCAUCUCAGGCUGAAGUAUGUGCUGGGACUGUAGCUGAGGUGAUCCAGUCAGUGGUGAAUGGGGCAGAUGGCUGUGUCUUCUGCUUUGGCCAUGCCAGACUAGGAAAAUCAUAUACCAUGAUCGGAAAAGAUGAUUCCAUGCAGAACCUUGGCAUUAUCCCCUGUGCCAUCUCCUGGCUCUUCAAACUGAUUAACGAACGCAAGGAGAAGACGGGAGCCCGCUUCUCGGUCCGGAUUUCUGCUGUGGAAGUAUGGGGAAAAGAAGAAAAUCUGAGGGACUUGCUGUCAGAGGUGGCAACUGGCAGCCUACAGGAUGGUCAGUCCCCAGGGGUUUACCUUUGUGAGGACCCCAUCUGUGGCAUGCAGCUUCAGAACCAGAGUGAGCUUCGUGCUCCCACAGCGGAGAAGGCUGCCUUCUUUCUCGACGCAGCCAUUGCCUCACGCCGAGGUAGCCAGCGAGACUGUGAUGAAGAGGAUCACAGGAACUCCCACAUGCUCUUCACUCUGCACAUCUACCAGUAUCGCAUGGAGAAGAGUGGCAAAGGUGGAAUGUCUGGAGGUCGCAGCCGCUUACACCUCAUUGACCUAGGUAGCUGUGUGAAAGCACUCAGCAAAAAUCGGGAGGGAGGCUCUGGACUCUGCCUCUCAUUGUCAGCACUGGGCAAUGUCAUCCUGGCUCUUGUCAAUGGCAGCAAGCAUAUCCCAUACAAAGACAGCAAGCUCACCAUGUUGCUCAGGGAGUCCCUGGGGAAUAUGAACUGCCGUACCACUAUGAUAGCUCACAUUUCGGCAGCUGCAGGAAACUAUGCUGAAACACUGUCCACCAUCCAGAUUGCAUCCAGAGUCCUGAGGAUGAAGAAAAAGAAAACUAAGUACACAUCAAGUUCUUCUGGUGGUGAAAGCUCCUGUGAAGAAGGGAGAAUGCGGAGACCCACUCAGUUGAGGCCUUUCCACUCUAGAAAUGUAGCUGACCCAGAUUUUCCUAUCCUGCAUUUAUCAAGUGAUCCCGAUUAUUCUUCCAGCAGCGAACAGUCCUGUGACACUGUGAUCUAUGUUGGCCCUAAUGGCACAGCCCUCUCUGAUAAGGAGCUGACAGAUAAUGAGGGUCCACCAGAUUUUGUCCCCAUAGUUCCUGCUCUACAGAAAACCAAAAAUGAUGGCAAGUUGGAGGAAGUAAGUGAGACAGACCCUGGCACAUCUGAAAGAGACUGUCUGAAAUGCAACACCUUUGCUGAGCUUCAGGAGAGGCUGGACUGCAUUGAUGGCAGUGAGGAGACCAGCACAUUUCCCUUUGAAGAGCUGCCUGCUCAAUUUAGCGCAGACCAGGUUUCUAAGUGCCCUCUCCCAGGCCAAGUGGGAGAGCUCAGUCACUUAUCUGAAUCAGAUAAGGAAGACGCCAUACCAGACUGUCAGCAAUCAGAUAAGGAAGCGAGAGAAAAUAUCAGUGCCACAAUCAGCAAGAUUCAGAGAAAUCCAUCCCCUGUUCCUUCUGGAGCUCUUACUAAUGUUUCAACUCCUCCUUCUCCUAGGAGUGUCACUGGCAGCUCUUCCCAAUUAGCACAGAGCACAAGCCUACAGAGUAGUAGAGAAGGUCUCAACACCUGUGGCUUUGUUGAAGGCAAACCUAGGCCAAUGGGUUCACCACGGCUCGGCAUUGCAAGCCUCUCCAAGACCUCAGAAUACAAGCCACCAACUUCUCCCUCCCAGAGAUGCAAGGUCUACACCCAGAAAGGAGUAUUGCCCAACUCUGCUCCACCACCCGCACACCUGAACAAGGACUCUGGGAUGACAUCUAGUGAGUCUUUGUUGCAGCCAGAGAUCCGAACCCCUCCGGUGGGAAUGAGCCCUCAGAUCAUGAAAAAGUCAGUGUCCACUAGUAGUGGGGAUUUUGGAGAGACUGUUCUUGAAGAAGAACAGCAACAAAACAUUGCCCCAGAGUCAAAGAAAGAGAUUCUGAGCACCACGAUGGUCACGGUACAGCAGCCAUUGGAGCUAAAUGGAGAGGAUGAGCUGGUGUUUACACUUGUUGAAGAACUAACCAUCAGUGGGGUCCUUGACAAUGGACGCCCAACCAGCAUCAUCAGCUUUAACAGCGACUGUUCUGUACAGGCUUUGGCCUCUGGGUCUAGGCCAGUUAGUAUCAUCAGUAGCAUCAGCGAAGACCUGGAGUGUUACUCUAAUUCAGCUCCUGUUUCUGAGGUCAGCAUAACACAGUUCCUGCCACUUCCAAAAUUGGGACUAGAUGACAAAUGCAGGGAUGAUGGCAGCAGACGAUCGUCCAUUAGCUCGUGGCUGAGUGAAAUGAGCACAGGGAGUGACGGUGAACAAUCAUGCCACAGUUUCAUAGCCCAGGCAUGCUAUGGGCAUGGUGAAGCAAUGGCGGAUCCCCCGAUCUCUGAGUUGUCAAAUGCCAUACAAAAUAGCAGCGUGAUUUGUUUAAAUGACCAGCAGAAUCCAGUGGCCGACAAUUUGCUCAUACUGUCAGAAAUGGGGGAGGAAGCUUUCAAUAAAGUGCCACCUAUUAAAGGCUGCAAAAUAUCAGCUCUGGGGAAAACUACUGUCACAAUUAAAAACACAGCAAACCUUAGUAGCUGUGAAGGCUACAUCCCAAUGAAAACCAACAUUACUGUUUAUCCAUGUAUUGCUGUUAAUUCUUUUAAGGGCCAAGAGACUACUGAUGGCCUAACAAGUGUAACUCCAGCCGCUAAAGUUGCUUACCCUCAAGAAGGGAAAGAAUCCAGUGAGAGGAAGGAUAUCACAUUUGAAGACCCGUGGCUGAAGAGGGAAGAUGAUGUAAAAAAAGAAAACAGUGAUGAGCCAAGGCCUGAAGUUGGCCUGGGUCCAGCCAAGCCUGAACACAGUAAGCAGCAGAACUCAGAUGACAGGUUUAGCAGCAGCAGUGGGGAGACCUCUAGCUCUCCAGGAUCUGACAAUCUAAAGAGGAUUGUGGAUGGUUGUGAAAUGGCGCUGCCCAGUUCUGCAACCCAGAGCCCUGUUCAUUCCUUUGACGGCACAAAGAAUGGCAGCCUCCCUCGCGGGCUCCAGAAGAGCAGCAAGCAGGACGAACACUAUGGUGCUCUCUCUCACUGUGUUGCUGAGAACAAUGGAGUCAUUUCUCCUGUUCACCCCCAGUCUUCUAAAGCCACCCUGGAAAGGAAAAUUGCUUCCCCCAAGCAUUGUGUCCUCACUCGCCCCAAAGGAACCCCUCCACUGCCCCCUGUCAGAAAAUCGAGCCUGGAUCAGAAGAACAGGGCUAGCCCUCAGCACAGUGCUUGUAGCAGCAGCACUAGUAGCCCAUCCAACCAACCAGCCUCUUUUCUAGCCAGCUUCCCUGAUGAGGUGAAUGGCAAACAGAAGGGCUCUAGCAUUGACACCAGUAGCAGCAGCAGUAGCAAGUUAUUUAGUGCCAAACUUGAGCAGCUAGCCAGCAGGACCAAUUCCCUGGGAAGGUCCACAGUGAGCCACUAUGAGUGCUUGUCAUUGGAAAGGGCAGAAAGUCUCUCUUCAGUAAGCUCCAAAAUGAGCCCUGGAAAAGACAGCACCAUGCCUAGGGCUGGACGGAGCCUCAGCCGCAGUGCAGUAUCAUCGCCGACAAACUCGGGCAUUUCCCAGUCUGCAGGUGCCUCACCAAAAGCCAGCCAAUCUAAGAUAUCUGCAGUCAGCAAGCUGCUGUUGGCAAGCCCUAAGGCCCGAAGCCUGUCUGCCUCUGCCACAAAAACACUAAGCUUUUCUACCAAGUCUCUGCCUCAGUCAGUGGGGCAGAGUUCCAGUUUACCUCCCAAUGGGAAAAAUAUGUCUUGGUCGACCCAGUCCCUCAGCAGAAACAGAGGCUCUGGGCUUGCUUCAAAACUGCCCCUCAGAGCUGUCAAUGGCCGGAUUUCAGAGCUCCUUCAAGGGAGCGCGAGUGCCAGAGGUUUACAUUUGCGUGGAAACUCAGACACAGAUGAGCGGGGCUGCCUUCAUGGAGAUGAGAAAACAGCUGUUCACAUGCUGCCUUCGCCUUACAGCAAAAUCACCCCUCCUCGGAAGCCUCACCGCUGUAGCAGCGGGCACGGAAGUGACAACAGCAGCGUCUUGAGCGGGGAGCUACCACCAGCGAUGGGCAAAACAGCCCUGUUCUACCACAGCGGGGGAAGCAGUGGUUAUGAGAGCAUGAUGAGAGACAGCGAAGCCACAGGGAGCGCUUCGUCGGCGCAAGACUCAAUGAGCGAGAACAGCAGCUCUGUCAGCGGCAGGUGCCGAAGUCUAAAAAAUGCAAAGAAACGAUCGAACACAGGUUCUCAGAGACGAAGACUCAUCCCGGCUUUAUCACUUGAUACAAGUUCCCCAGUAAGGAAACCUGCCAAUAGCCCUGGGGUCCGUUGGGUGGAUGGCCCACUGCGAAGUGGACAGAGAGGGAUUGGUGAACCCUUUGAAAUCAAAGUCUAUGAGAUUGAUGAUGUGGAAAGACUCCAGCGGCGACGAGGAGGGGACAGCAAGGAGGUGAUCUGUUUCAACGCCAAGCUGAAAAUCCUGGAGCAUCGCCAGCAGAGAAUCGCUGAGGUUAAGGCCAAGUAUGAGUGGUUAAUGAGGGAACUGGAGGUGACCAAACAGUACCUGAUGCUGGAUCCUAAUAAAUGGCUCAGUGAAUUUGACCUGGAGCAGGUAUUUGAGUUGGAUUCCCUGGAGUACCUGGAGGCAUUGGAGUGUGUGACUGAACGUCUGGAAAACCGUGUGAACUUCUGCAAGGCCCACCUCAUGAUGAUCACCUGCUUUGACAUCACUUCCAGACGCCGAUAAAGAACAAACCUCAAGAGAAUUUCAAACCACCCCAGUCCCCUUCCCGCUCCUAUUGAACAGCGUCCCAAAGACAACAAAAUGAGGAUGAAGGUUGGUGUCAAGUCUCAACUGUGUGUGUGAGAGAAGAGAUUUUCUUUAUUAUACCGAAGAACAAUUAAUAAAAUACACAAUGAAUGCAAAAAAAAACAAAAAAGAAAGAUGUAAGGAUGUCGAAUCUCCUAGCCUGAAAGAGCACUUUGAGGAACCUCUGAGGACACGUUUGUAUAUAAGAACUGCUAGUAGAAAAGACUCUUCCGCUACGUUAGCCGAGGAAGCAGGAGGGGUGGUUAUAGGACCAUGGCAGAGAGCUUCGUAAAAAAGAAAUUACACAGAAAGACUGUUUAAGUGCCUUGCAAAUCUUUAUUAUCCAAACAUUUAUGUUCAUACUUUCUUGUGUACAGAUGGUGCUAGUCAAUAAAAGAAAAAGGAAAAAACAGAAAAACAAACAAAAAAGCAAAACAAAAAAACAAACACAUUUUGAAAUGUAUUUACAGCUUGUUUUUCUCUUGGUGUUUUCUCCUAUUUCAGAUUUGCUGUUUCUAAGUAACUUGUGUUUGUAGAACUAUUUCCUAACCAGUACAACAUAUGAAUAAAUGUUAACUGUCUUUUAUUGUUA